AUGACCAUGACUACGAUGGCUGACGGGCUGGAGGCGCCGGACUCGUCCAAAUCCGCCUUCAUGGAGUUCGGGCAGCAGCAGCAGCAGCCGCCUCCGCCGCCGGCGCCUCAGCAGCCGCCUCAGCCGCCGCCGCCUCAGCCGCCGCCUCCUCCAGGGGCUCAGGCGCCCGGCGGCGGCGGCGGCGGCGGCUCUUCGCACUCGGCGCAGCAGCAGCAGCAACAGCAGCAGCAGCAGAGCUCGCCGGCGGCGGCCAUGGCGGGCACGCACUACCCGCUGCACUGCCUGCACUCGGCGGCGCCCGCCUCGCACUCGCACCCGCACCACCAGCACCCGCACCACCAUCACCACCACCACCACCACCACGCCGCGCCCUACCCGGCCGGCCCCGCCGCCGCCGCCGCCAACUCGUACAGCCACCGCUCGCUGGCCGCCGCCGCCGCCGCCGCCGCCGCCUACCCCUACGUGAGCCACGCGCAGCACAGCCCCUACCUGCAGCCCUACCACGCCGGCGGCGGCGGCGGAGGAGGAGGAGGAGGCGGAGGAGGAGGAGGCGCGGGCGGGACGGCGAGGCCGGACGACGCAGGUGGGUGACACGGGAGGCAACGCGUGACGGAGCGUUCCCACGAGACGGGCGCGGAGAUGCCCGGGCCGAGCCCCCGCGACCGGCCCGCUGGCUCCCGGCUUCCUUUGUCUCUCUUUCCCGCAUGCCCUUCCUCUCCCUUUGUCUCCUUUUCCUGCUGCACUUCCCUCGCUUUCCCUCCAUCGCCUGCCUCUUCUUCCUCCUUCUCUCGCCACUUUUAACCUUCCCUCGGAAGUAAGUUUACAAAUCAAUACGCAGGAUUUCUUGGGCGAGGGGGGGGGUGUUGCUACUUUGCAUGGGGAUCCCUUGGCUCUCUCCCGCUCAGAUCUCUGUUUGAAAUGACAUCUCCUCACCCCGAUCCCGUGCAGGUUUCAUUGGGAGGGUAACACCCCCCCAAAAAAUAAUAAUAACAACAACAGUUCGCUUCCAGAGGACUUGCUUUCCUGUAAGCGUGGCUCGGAUUUCGACAACUCUUUCCUGCCUUCCCUUUGCGUGCUCCGCAUCCUGAGUUUCCCUCUGGGAUCCAUCCACACGCGUGCCUGGACGCAGGCCGCCGGCCGACGCGCGUGGGGAUGCUCAGGCACGUGUGCCGUGUUUCGGGGACUCCGAGGCGCUGCCCUCCACUUGGAAGCUGCCCAUGGACUGUGUGGAUUGAAAACCUUAAGCGAAGACCCUGCUGGCUUUCUUCUGCGAUAAUGUAGCCGUCCAGAGGAACAGGAGUGAUUUUGUUUUUUCCUAGGAUGUUGUUUGCCUAGCCCGCGGAUGCCCUCUCCACGACGGUGGUCUGUGCAGGACGAAGAAAUGCGCUUAGAAAGAGCGGCCGGGCCGUAGCCCAUCUCCUGCUACGGCGGGCUACUGCCAUAGCACUGCAGGCUUCUUUGGGGAAGGAAUUGCUCUGCCACGAUUAUUCCCUCUUUCUUGCUUUUGACGCAGGGUAAUCAGAGAGAGAGAAAAGAGAGUCUAAAGCAGGGUUAGCGCCCGAGAGACCCAGGCCAGACGCUGGUGACUCCUGUGUCUUGUUGUGUUGGGCAUAUACUACAGAGAAGAGGUGUGUGGUGUGUUGUUUUUUUGCCUGCGCGAUUUUAUCACAUCUUUAGCCCCCAGCCACUGUGCCUAGAAAAUGACAUUAUAAAUCCCGUCCGUGCACCCAUCGGAUGGCUAAUCUGCAGUAAACGCCUCGAGAAACAAAUGACAAAGUCGCCGAGGGAAGACGCAGCUCCGCGUCCCUUCGUAAAAUCAUUUGCACCUGUACGUUGGCUGUGGAGAUACGUCUACAGAUCCGAAGCAGAAAUGCUACCCUGCUUGUUUGCUUAUUCCUUGAGAAAAUGCUGAGAUUGGAGAUAGAUUCAUAUUUAGGAGAUACAAAUUGUGUGUGCAGUUCAAACACAUUCCAAUAUUAAAUGAGACGUUCAGGUAGCAUGAACUCUGCGCGCGUGUCUUUGUGUGUAUAGGCAGUAAAAAAACGACGACAGGUUUUGGUAAGAGAGAUCAAUGCAGUAGCCACAAACUAGGCAACAGGGUGCAUUUCAGGUUCUCGGUUAAAACGAAGCAGUUUUGCCAUGGACCAGGGAUUUCUGGAAAUAGCAGUAGUUUUUGUUUGAGCGAAGUACUGCUUGUGUUAAGAGAGCGUCAUGAAUUUUCUAGCACGCCUGGGUAGCAAAACUGUCAGCAAAGCGGGUAGAUCUUGCAGGUCAAAGUGAAUCAUCCGCCACAGAAGGUUGCCUGGAGGAUAUAUCGGCGGCCUGACCUUCUUAUGUAUCACCCCGUGCAUUUUCUACUUGUUAGUGAUGGCAUGGAAAUGGCUUUGUCUCUGAUUUCCCACCCCACCCCCACCUCCCCAACAUGAAAAGCACCCAAAACAAAACCCGGGGUGUCUCAUAGAAGGGCUUCGUUGUGCUGGACGUCCCCCUUCAAAUGUGCUUUCUUUUUAUUGCAGAUCAACAGAAAACCACAGUUAUCGAAAACGGGGAGAUAAGAUUUAAUGGGAAAGGGAAGAAGAUCCGGAAGCCUCGAACCAUUUACUCGAGUCUCCAGCUGCAGGCUCUAAACCACCGCUUCCAGCAGACCCAGUACCUGGCGCUUCCCGAGAGAGCAGAGCUGGCGGCAUCAUUAGGACUAACUCAGACACAGGUAAUUUCCGGGGAAGUCCAGAGAGAUCCCUGAGAACCUGGGCUCCGAGAGAAGGCCAGGCCAGGCCAAAAUCAAGCAGACAAAUCACUAUUUCCAUUGGCCAAAGGCUAGGAAUAAAAGCGAAGCUCAGCUACCCAGGUCGGUGGACGGCAAAAACAUGGCCAAGUAUGCGUUGGUGAAAUAUCAUUCUCUCUAUUAUUAUUAUUUUUCAAAUUCAGUCUGUUUUGAUGGUGCGUUGAGAAAGGUUUGAGUUCACCACUCCAGAAUCUGGGCAUGCAUCUACUUAGUUACAGCCCAAAUCUGAAGGUGGAAAUAAAUAAGCACUGAGGUGGAAAUAAAUUUAUACAUAAAACAAAAAGGUUGUUGGGGGGCCAAAGAAACCUCCUCCCCAUCCUUUGCUGGUAGAAAUGGAAAUCUAUUUCAUACGGUGCACAGCCUCUAGGCCCGAAAAAAGCGCACCUUCCUAGUAAUAUUCAAUAGUAAAUUAUCCUGGAUGAGUAACUGAAAUUCAGUGCUUGCCCUUAGGCGAAAUGUACAAAAGGUGAUGAUAGAGCUGACGAUCAAAGGGAAGCGUGUACAAAAUUAGAGCGAGUUAAGCCACAGUUAAAUGUGGUUGGUGCGUUCUGGCUUUCCCAGCAGAUUUAAACCUGAAUGACACACGAGGUUAGAAGGAAAACGAUUAAUUUGAAUUCAUGAAUGCAGAAAGGAAGAAUAAUAAUAAUAAAAAAACUUUUUUGUGGCAGUUUGUAAUCUUCCGGACAGAAAAAAACACAAAAGGGAUAAACCAUGUUCAUUGGAUUCGCUGGUGGUUGCCAGGAAUGUAGGCAAAGCGGGGCAUUUUGGAUUUGGUGCCUUAUUGUGAUAUAGGGGCGACCUUGAAGGCAAAAGAAGACAGGAGGUGUCUUUAAAGAGCAGCAUAUCACCACCACCACCACCACCACCACCACACAUAUUUAAUGGCAAUCCAAGCUUUUAGAGCACCUAAAGUGUGGUACAGAGAAAGGACACUGUCACCUUCCCAGCUGGGAUGUUUGCAAAACACUCUUAUUUGAAUAGCACCUAGCUCUCUUACAUUGCUGCAGAAGGCUUGUCGAUGUCGUUGUUGCUGCUGCUGCUGCUUGUUUUGUUUUGUUUUUUAAACUUUCAUUUGCUGUUUUUGUUUUAUUAAAUUUUCAAUGUAUGUAAGGCUCAGUUUUGUUGGUUUUAUGCCACUGGGAUGAUUUCCGCGAUAAGCUACAGAUCACCAUCUUGCUCAGGGAAGAAGAUCAAGUCUCCUGGUCCUCUCCUCUCCCCCCCCCCCACCCUCACUCUACGAAAUGGGCUGCUCUCUCUCUCUUCCUUUUUCUUUUGACUCACGUAUUACUUCUUUGUAGGCCAAGCUGGAAUCCAACAAAACUGACGCGUUUUGGGAUUUAAGCCAAUUUAGACCCCCCCUCCCUUGAAGGUGCAGCUGCAGACGGUUUUAGAGCCUGAUCUUAAAACUCGUAAAAGUGGAAGUGGCACCCCUUCCUAAGCACAUUUACUUGGAAGUAAGUCCAACUGAUUUCGGUGAAAAACUUCUGAGUAUGUGUGGUUAGGAUCUCGCCUCGGUCCCAUCGAGAUCAAUGGCGCCGGUGAUGGCUCAGGGCUUUAGCGUUGUGGCCCUCUCCAAAAAGGACGGAGGGUUAAAGUGGGGGUGGAGGUGGGGUUUCAUAAUACAGAGGGAGGCUGUGGGUAGGAUAGAUUGCCUCCUCUGCCCUGGUUCCCCUCCCCACUCGGGGUCCUAAAACGGUAGCCGCGUCUUGACAAUUAUGCAGUAAUAUAGGCCGACGAUGGGUAUCAUACCCAUACACGCACGCAGGUUCUCAGUCUGCGUAGGUUGCCUUCAAUGGACGCGUGAAGAAGAAAAAAUGAACGAGACUCACGCAUUGUAACUGUCCCCCCAGAAGGAAAUGGCCUUUCCAAACAGUCUCAGCGCAGUUUACUUAAGCAAGUCCUAAUUGCGGGUGAUUCAAACAAUGGCCAUGGAAGCGGGGAGGGCAGAUCAUGAAGUUCAUUCCACGGAGGGAGAAGAAGGAAGGAAGGAAGAUUGGAUAGACAGACAGAUAUAGAUACAUGGAUGGAUUUGAAACUGUCUAUUUGCCUUAAUUCCCCCACCCCUCCUCCCCCAGCAGACCUCUCAUGCCUUCUGCCUUUCGGUUGCAGGUGAAGAUCUGGUUCCAGAACAAGCGCUCCAAGUUCAAGAAACUGCUCAAGCAAGGCGGCAACCCUCACGAGAGCGACCCCCUGCCGGGCUCUGCCACCCUGUCUCCGCGGUCUCCAGGUUUGCCUCCUGUCUGGGACGUUUCAGCCUCUGCCAAAGGAGUCAACAUGCCUCCCAAUAGCUACAUGCCUGGUUAUUCUCACUGGUACUCUUCUCCACAUCAAGACACAAUGCAGAGACCACAAAUGAUGUGA